UGACCCUUCCGAAAAGGUUCGGAUAAAUCCGGAACGGGAGGCUGUGUGUUGCUGCCAGCCCCGAAGAGCUAAUGCAACUUGCCUGUGUGCGCCGGCACAGGAAAAACUCUCCGAAACCGCGCAAGCGCACUAGGCACCAGCAGGAAAUACACGUUGUGUGGGGCUUCGAAAGAACCCCAGCGUGGAAACGACUUUGUUCUGUCCUCGGCGUUCAGCCGAAUGGGCCGAGUGGCCGCCGCCGCUGACCGUGAGGCGGCGCUCUGCCGUGUACCGUGUCACGUGACACGUUUCGUCCAGAAGAGGCAGGAAGCUCGCGUAGCAGUGGCCUCGUUGCCGCUCGCGGCGCGUGCAGGAGGGAGGAUCGAAAAUGGACGACCGGAUAGGCUUAGCUGAAAUUAAGUUUCGGUUUCUCCUACUUUCCGGGCCUUGUGGUCGGUGGAGGGCAGAUCCUUUUGUUUUUUCAUUUUAAAUACAGUCUGCUUGUUCGUUUUUUCUAGCUCUAACUGUUGUGCAUUUUUGUGCUUAGUACUUCUGGGUGUGUUUCUUUUAUUUUUUUACAACAGGCACCCUGAUCACAUGAGAGUUUUGUAGUAGAAUGGGUUGACGGCAAAGUACACAGGCCAUAUACGACGAUUAGCGAACGGCUUGUAUUCGGAGACACAGAAAACAUUAAAAACUUUGCGAAGCCAGACACGUUGUAGGACCACCUUGACUUCCGGAUAUUUGUGUUUCGGAUACCAGGCAGAGAGCCUGUGCCAUUGACCUCUCUGUCUUUUUGCCGGCAGUGUGGUGGUUAACCACCAUUCAUGUCUCCUUUCAUCCGGUUGGCUCGUAGGGGUGGGAGUUCUUUCUGCAAAACGGACUCAUACUCAAGGACUGGGAGGAGAAAUAAAGCAGUUAGGAGGUCUGUUCUAAACCACACUGCAAAUAAGAAGAAAACAUUUUCGUUGCAUGCUACCUCAUUGGAAAGAAAUCCGCGUCGGAGAGCACACAUGCCCAGGAAAAAGCUCAUUGACGGUGGUGGACAUGGUUGCUGUCAUCGAUGUUAUUGGUCUCCUGGAAAGAACUCCUAUCACAAAGGAUACCUUAGAGAGAACACGUCUAGGCAAAUAUAUCAAUGAACUACGCAAGAAAACAAGCAAUGAACAGCUGGCCCGUCGAGCGAAAGACCUGGUCAAGAGUUGGCGGCGUCUCCUCCCCUCUGGAGAGCCUCCAGUAAAUGGUGCUCCUCCUACACCACCUGUGGGACCCGGGCCAGGUCCGGGAGUUGGACCUGGGCCAGGCCCGGGACUGCGAGUGGCAAAACUCGCCAGUCGUUCCGCUAGUCCCAGCUGUUCGAGUGUCUCCAACAGCCCAGUGCUGCCAGCUGCCAACCGCACCCGUAAUGGUGGCUUCAAACCAGUCAGUCCAGCAGCACACUCGCCCGGGUGGGCACCUGCCUCCCCCACCCUUGCCCACCCUAGCCCACAUUCGGCUCCCGACAAGAACAAUGUCGCAAACAAGCGACUGAGGAAGUCUGAACCCCGGAAGGCAACUCCAAACGGUGUCCAUCCGGCAAGCUGGGACGCCAUCCCCAGCGGCAAUUCCGCGUUUGAAAGCGUCCGACCAGCCGAUGUGAGAAAACUGACAUCACCAGCAGCAUGUCGCACGCAGAAGGUGAAGACAACGCAGCAGUUGAUAGCUGACCUUCGUGCAAAAAGUGGAACAAAUGUUGUGUUUGAAAACAUUGGCUCCCAUCCUCCUGCCGGCAACUACAGUCUCCUGGGCACAGACGACGAAACAAGUCGGACUAAGUCGGAGCUCAUGGACCGGUUUCUGCAGUCGUCGGCCACAGAGCCUCCUCCGGCAGUGGAGAUAGCGACCAUCUUGCGUUCAUUGCCCGACCUCAGCACUAUGGAUAUUGAUCUGCAGGAGGGGUGCGAGGAGGUGCGACCCCCUCCACAAGUGACUCCGCAACUGGUGGAACGCAUGUCCGUCGACAAGUGGGAGUUUGUGAAUGGGACUUACAAUCACCAGGGGGAGUGGCGAGGCUGGCAGGAGGUGACUACAUCAGAGUCUGUUGCAGGAGAUGUGCUUCACGUAUUGCCUUAUGUAAAUAUUGACUGGUGAUAGGAGCAUGAGAGUGUGUCGGCCAUUUUGUCAUCUGCGAAACAUAACCAAUCAGGGCUCUCAAGUAUCUUGCCUCGCAUCCAGUUUGUGGUAAAGUGUGCAAAAGCAAAAGGUGGAAAUGUGCCAAGCAGUGACCUAGUUGAACAUGUACUUUAAGUAAUAUUGGAGCUUAUAAUUUCUAGGUGGUUAGACCAGCUCAUCUGGAACAACGGCUGCCAUUGUAAAGCCAUCAGAUACGAUCAGACCCAAGCUGGUCGGGCCCAAGUAUUCUAAGCAAAUCAGACUGCAGUGGCUAUUAAGAGCAGCCAGCGGGAAUAUAUGACAUUGAUAGUUUUACGAGAGAAUAGUCCAAACUAGUCUGCCCCCCUCCUCCAUAUGUAUAGUUGAUGAAUCAUUGAAAGAAUCCUUGAUCUUCAGCUUUAGGUGUACACCAAGUGGCAUUAUAGGUGACAGAUUGACAACAGUGUAAGGGGUGGCAUACAAUAAUUUGUUUGAGAUUUUGGGAGGCUCGGUCAACACCAAAGAGACACUGGUUAAUAUGCAAUCAGCCUCGAAGCGUGCGGAAAUAUUUGUGAUGGAUCCUAAUUUUGGCAAAGCCCGCAUUUUGAAGAUUGUACGGGGACCAACUCUAUUUAUGUGGGCGGGGCACCCUCAUGCCAGCAAAAUAGGAUACAUAAUCCUCCUGGAUGUCUCCCAUAAUGAAGACCAACUCACUAGCCAUCAUUUAAAAGUGAGGCCUGGUCCUCGUAGACGCAAGAACAUGGUCCCUACGUGAUAGACAGGAAAAGUGCAAUUAAUUUAUAACGACACGUCAUAUCAGAGUAUGUGGUCCAAGUACCUCAACAAUAAAUGGCACUUUAGCACGCUUCACACAAUGGCUCGUUUCAAGUUGUCACGUGUAGACCUCACAAUCCGUCAUGAGGACUUGUUGGUCACUGCAAAUAUGUGCGCAUGCCUAUUGUUCGCUGUGGCUCACUUUAGAAAUACUGUCUGCCAAAGGGUAUUCCCGGUGGGUUUUGUGAUCCUCUCACGCUUAGAGCAAAUUUCCAAAGGAUACUGCUCAAGCAAAUCGGGCACCCCCAGACAAUUUCAGUUUUCCUAUUUUUGUGCCUCAGGUUGCCCAAUUUUGCCAGAUGUCUUCCGCCAGAAAAAAUGGUCUGGACUAGAAGAAAUCUGCCAAUACUGGAGGGCUGCAACAAAAAGUGUGUUUGAUCAUGAACCAGGAGUAUGUGCUCUGUUUGUCUGUGUGCGUUACACACUUUUCAUGAGUGUUACGUCCAACUUGAAAACACUCAGCCUAGGACUCACCUUCGAAGCAGGGCAUCUUGGCUGUGGUAUCUUGGUUGGAAUUUCCUCCAACUAACCAUAGAUAUUGUCACUCUUUGUGUGUACGCUAAUUUACUUUGAAGCCAGAAGAGAUAGAAACGUUUUUCUUUCCAGGAAACAAAUCUUUAAUUUAUAGCAUUUGGUAUUCCCGACAGAUUUUGUUAUAGUAUUGUAUCCCAACAAUGUUAUUCCAUUUGUAGUAUAUGGCAUUGCAUAUUUGCGCGAGAAAAGAGGAAUGCCUAAAGAAGUCCACUUGGCAAACGAAUGCAAAGCGAACGCCUUUUUAUUUGUUACUCUGUGGAAUGGACAAUCAGCACAGACGGCCGAAAGAACUAUACAUAGUCAUACUUCCUGUGCAAUUGACAACACGGUUCUACGACUACAAGCUGGAAUGCAUUCCCAAGACAUUUUUAGUUUACCUGGAGCCUUUGAAGAAUGAAAUGAAGCGAAGAAAGUGCCAUUAAUGACGUGUUUAUGCGCUGCAGUGGUGGACGUUGUUGAACAAGUCAUUUGCUUCCUCUGUGAUCGUUCCUUUUUCUUUAUUCAAAUGGACACCUUGUUCCUGGUGCACAAACCUGUGUGCAAACAGUCACGUAUGCUUUGCUUUCUGCAGCAUUCAUACCGAUGCUUUUCCUGAACGGAAGCGCUGUUGUCCUGUGUAAAGUUAAGCGUUUCAUUUAUGUUUCACUUAGUAAAAGAAAGUAUGGAAUUAUUUAAA